AUGCCAAAAGCCAACGGAAAGAGGUUCAACCCUCCGUCCCAUUUUUCCCGCCCGCAGAAAUUCGGAGAUCAAUCAGCCAAGAUAAUCGAUCCUUCCCUCAUCCUUCCUCAGGCUUUGUUGGGCGGUGAAGAAGGUAUUCAACGGUUACAUUGGUGCAAUCCCGACGGCAAUCCCGACGGCGCACCUACCGAAAAGAUAGCGCUUAGAUUAUGGCGAGGCUGGUAUUUCGAUUAUAGAACCGUGGUAGAGAGAGGCAAGAAGUCUAAGAUGCAAAUUAUCAUGGCGUUCGAAGCAGCUAUAGAAGAUCCCAAACUCGCUACUCAACACUACAAAAGAGCGAUCCAGUUUCACGACGAAUACGUCAAGUGCGAACUGAUCAAAACAGUUCGAUUCGUUGAAUCCGCUUUGAACUCCAUCGAGAAUAGUAAAUCACCUGAACCAGUCGUUGACAAGUUACUCAGGAAGAAGGAGAGUGGGACUAUCAUGAGCUUGGAGGAAAGUGUAAGCCAAGGUGAGGCAAUGAAGUUGAAAGGUAAUGCCGCUGGACAUAUUGGGAGACAUGAAAAUGCAAUUCGAUUUUACCUGGAAGCACUGACUUGCAUUUGGCCAUGGACAUCAACUGAUACUUCGAUGACGUUUGACCAAGCUUCAAGUACGGGUUUGGUAAAACUUGAACAAGCAUUACUCGGUAACAUAGCUUCAGUCGCACUGUCUCAUCCAGCUAAAACAGGGUCGAAACGAGCACUAUUAGAUAAUACAGUUAGAGUUAUCUGUGAGCUUCUGUUGGAGAUUAGAUAUAUCACUUUGGGUAAUUUAGCGAAAUCAUUUGAGCGCCUCGCUCGACUCGACGAGAAAGAGUAUGGUGAUCAAGGAAAAGUAGGGGUGAACAGUUUCAUGGCUGAGUUAUUUAGAGACAAAAAAGGGGAUGAUUGGGCUCACAGACAUUGCGUUGAAGGACAUAUGUGCCAUGAGUAA